UCUCAAUCUCUGUUGAACCGGGAAUGAAAGAUGGUGAUAGGAUAACACUGGAGGCCCAAGGCGACCAACAAGCUGCAGGGCGACCCGAGGCUGAUAUAGUGGUGGUGUUACAAGAGCGAGAGAAUCUCCGGUUCAGGCGGAAGGGCGAUGAUCUGUGCACCACGUUAGAGAUUAUGCUAGUGGAAGCGCUGUGUGGGUUUACACGCUACAUCACCUUUGUCAACAACAAGAAACUUGCCGUCACGUGUGCGCCUGGGCAAGUCACAACGGAAGGCCAUCGAAGGUGUAUACCUGGACUGGGUAUGCCAAUCAGGGGGAGCCCUGGCAAGCAUGGGCGAUUGAUUGUUGAGUUCACUGUUAUGUUUCCGCCAGACAACUUUGCGGACGAGGCCAGUAUGGCCAUGCUGGAGGGUCUGCUGCCGCCAAGGCCAGACCUACCGGCCCCACGCGAUGACGAAGAGGUGCACCCAGGCGAGUUCGAGUUGCAAGAAAUGGAGGACUCAGACGGAGGUUCCGAACUUUCCGGACAGUACAACUCGCGCCCAACAAUGGAUAACCACACCCCCUCACACGGCACGCGACAGGUGAACUUAGGAGAUGCCAUGCAUAUGUACCGCGGGCGAGCGUCUCUGACCAGUGUGCCGUCGAGUGAGAUGAUGGGCCCUAUGGGUGAUGGUGAUUCCUUUGGUAGUUAUAUGAACCAGCACGGCGGAGGGAUCGGCCACCAACAGCAACGGGAUUGCCAGGCACAGUAG